AGGGCCAUCUUUGGUUGUUCUCGCCGGUCGCCCAACAGUCAGUGAUCAAUUGUGAUACGUAUCAAAUUAUUUGAGCGAUAAUUGUUUCCAAAGUGGUCGUUUUUGCCGCUAAUAAGACAACAGACUGGUUCUUCAUAAAUAUUUUGUUGCAUCAACACCGUUUUGCAGAUUUUUUUUGCAGCGGAAAUUUGGCUAAAGACGGGAGAUACACUGUAAUACAACAUGGAUGAGGAAUAUGAUGUUAUCGUAUUGGGCACCGGACUCACAGAAUGUAUUCUCUCUGGGAUAAUGUCUGUGAAUGGGAAGAAAGUUUUGCAUAUGGACAGAAAUCCAUACUACGGUGGUGAAAGUUCCUCCAUCACACCCCUGGAGGAGCUCUAUAAGAGAUUUGGGAUUUCAGACAGCCCCCCAGAGUCAAUGGGCCGGGGAAGAGACUGGAAUGUGGAUCUUAUUCCUAAAUUUUUAAUGGCCAAUGGUCAGUUAGUUAAGAUGCUUCUAUACACAGAAGUGACCAGAUAUCUUGACUUCAAAGUGGUUGAGGGAAGCUUUGUGUAUAAAGGAGGAAAAAUCUACAAAGUGCCCUCUACUGAGACAGAGGCACUGGCUUCAAACCUAAUGGGAAUGUUUGAGAAGAGACGUUUCCGCAAGUUCCUAGUUUUUGUGGCCAACUUUGAUGAGAACGACCCCAAGACUUUUGAAGGCGUUGAUCCCAAACUCACAACAAUGGGAGACGUGUACAAGAAGUUUGACUUAGGCCAGGACGUCAUUGACUUCACGGGACAUGCCCUGGCCCUCUACAGGACAGACGAUUACCUUGAGCAGCCGUGUCUGGAGACCAUCAGUAGGAUCAAACUCUACAGUGAGUCUCUGGCACGCUACGGGAAGAGCCCAUACCUGUACCCUCUGUACGGACUGGGGGAGCUGCCUCAAGGGUUUGCUAGGUUAAGUGCAAUUUAUGGAGGAACCUACAUGCUGAACAAACCAGUGGACGAGAUAGUGAUGGAGGGAGGACAUGUGGUAGGCGUGAAAUCGGAGGGAGAGGUUGCCCGUUGCAAGCAGCUCAUCUGCGACCCUAGCUACAUCCCGGACCGCGUGCACAAAGUCGGCCAGGUGAUCCGGGUCAUCUGCGUCCUCAGCCAUCCCAUUAAAAACACUAAUGAUGCCAAUUCCUGCCAGAUCAUCAUCCCUCAGAACCAGGUUAACCGCAAAUCAGAUAUCUAUGUUUGCAUGAUCUCCUAUGCCCAUAAUGUGGCGGCUCAGGGGAAGUACAUCGCCAUUGCCAGCACCACUGUGGAAACCUCUGAUCCUGAAGCUGAAAUCGAACCUGCUCUGGAACUCCUCGAGCCCAUUGACCAAAAGUUUGUGGCCUUCAGUGACAUGUAUGAACCCAUAGAUGAUGGUACAGAGAGCCAGAUUUUUGCAUCACGGUCCUACGAUGCCACCACUCAUUUUGAAACAACUUGUAACGACAUCAAGGACAUCUACAAGCGCAUGACAGGCAGUGACUUCGACUUUGAGAACAUGAAGCGUAAACAGAACGACGUCUUUGGCGAGGGCGAGCAGUGAAGGGUGGAGAAGGCAAUGAUCAUAUGGAGGGAGAGAUGAGGCGGGCUGAACGGGAUUUACCUGGCUGGGUACAGAGGUUACGCAGAACAGAAUCCACAACGCUGUAAAUCUCUUUCAACCUACCUUAUCUUUCCCAGAGUGCUCUUUGCUCAUUGUCUCCACACCCCUCCGGUGUCUCUGUUCAGAUACCUUCAGUUCAGCACACAGACACACUCUAUCGCUCACAUUCCACAACUCUGCACUACAAAGUGGGCUCGCACCAACAUGCUAUGAUAGAUUCUUACACAAGCAGUAUGCAUCGUUUGCGCAAAAUA